AUGACUGUCGCCUGGAAGUUGGCGAUGGGCAAGUCUGACAAGGACAAGCCGAAGGAGGUGCCGGCCAAGCCCAUCAAGAAGAGCAAGACCAUCAACAAGGUGGCCCGUAACGGCACCGCGACCGCCAAGGAGGUGGCCAAUGACAACGGCAACUCGACAGCUAACAAUUCCACGAACGGUAAGGAGCAACCUACCUCCAAGGUCAAGACCACCGACGGCAACGCCGCCCCCGGGCCCACGCCUAUCAAUGCGAAUUCCCCCAAGGUCGAGCCGCCCAAGAUUGCUCCGCUCCAGAAGGUCUGUAUGGUCGACGCGCCCGGCGAGGCGGUCGCGGUCAUCACCACCAAGCAGGAGCCUACCACUGAGGCGUCAAAGGACGACACUGCCAGCUAUAACGCCAGUACCGUCAACGACGGUCCUUCUCUCCCCAAUGCCAAUCAGGCUCUAAAGAAUGUCGCAUCAAAAGGCUCGACUUCAUUCUCCAAGCGCGGUCACUUCAUGAGGCGCCUCUCCCGCAGUGUCGGCAGGAACGUCUCGGUGAACAAGGGCAACACAAACAAUGGGAACAUCUCUGGUGCCCACCUCAUCGAGCCCCUUACUGAAGACCGGGCCAACAACGAGCACGUCAAGACGAUCUCGGACACUACGGCGGACCCUGGCACCGAUGGCGCUAAGAAUACUGCUCCCACGAGUGAGCCUCAGCCUGAGACCGUCGCCAAGGCUGUCCUCCUGCUCGGGGCGCCUUCUUCUAACGGUGACGCCGAGCCCGCGACCAAGCCCACCAACGCGGAGGUCGGCUCCUCCAGGGACAUCAUGCGGGGGAGUGCGGAGGCUUGUCCCUCCAACACCACGACCACGCCGACCCAGCCCAUCCGUUCUCUCGCAACGACCCGCGACAUCCUUCUUGCCGCCUCUCUCAGCAGGCAGGGCAGCAUCCUGCCCAUUACCAACUAUCCCAAGCUGUCGAUGUCCAUCCCGCUGACCGAGGAGAAGCUCAAGCUCGAUGAGCGCUCCCAUGUGAAGCGUCUGUUCCGUGCAGUCGGAAACGAGGACGUCACCACCAUCGUCUCGCUGCUCGCUUCGGGGCUUGUGUCGCCUGACGUCGUGUCGACUGGAGGUAUCACUCCUCUCGUCUACGCGGCGGCGCGCGGUCUGUUCGACUCGACCGAGGCGCUUAUCAUGCACAGCGCCGACCUCAAUCGCAUGAGCGAAGCUUCCUUCGCGGCCUUCAAGCCCACCCAAGUUGCCUCCGCUAGCAAGCUGGAGGACGGCAUGCAGCACUCUGAGCCCAGGACUGCGCUCAUGGCAGCCGCCGAGCAUGGUCGCCUCCGGGUCGCCGAGCUGCUCCUCCUGGCGGGUGCCGACGAUGGCAUCAUCGCCCCGGACGGACAGAUCGCUCUGCGCCUCGCCGUUCUCAACGGACACCACGAGAUUGCUGAGAUGUUGCCGGAGCGGAACGACGGUGCCGCCGAGCGCAUCGCGUACAAGCUCGCCCCCGCGCGCUCGCAUAUGCGCAACGCUGUGCUGUGCAUCCAGAUUGUCUGGUUCAUUACGGUCUUCAUCAGUGCCUGGGUCUGGGGUCUGAUGCUCAAGGCGUGUAAGCUCGAGGAGAGCUGGGCCCGCUUCUGCGCCAGUGUCAAGGCGGAUCUGAUCCUCAUCCAGGACGGCUGGAAGUGGACCAAGGACAAGUUCAUGGCCGGUAUGGAGUGGUUCCUCGCGUACUGGCCCCUCCUCAUUGCGUAUGGCGAGGACGUCGUCUACGUUCCAGGCGUCUCUCGUCGCUGCCUCCACGCCGCCGAGGAGAUUGCGUCCGAGGCGAUCGAGUGGUUCUCCGCCGGUCUCGACUCGCUCGGUCCUCGCUACGACCACGCCAAGACUGUCGUCUCUGCCCAGUCCCAGAAGGUCCUGUACAACCUGCAGCUUGUGGGGCGCCAGCUCAAGCCCGUCAUCGACGACACGGUUGUCCGGUUCAAGGCUCUCCCCUCCGCCAUCCAGCUGUACGCGGUUUGGACCUUCUACACCCUGUGUCACGGCAGUAUCGCCCUCGUCGGAGCUCUGCUUCAGUCCAUCUCCCUCGCUCACUCGACCUCCCUCGCCAUCAUUACCUGGUUCAAGGAUGUCACGGCCGAGGACCUGCGCAACGGCCUGGUCCAGCUUGGGAACGCGCUCGUCGACCUCUUCAUCAUCCUCCACGUCCAGCUGAUCAGGCUCGUGCACACUUGCAGCAUCGUUGUCUUCCGUACCAUGAACUGGACGGGAGCGGCGGUCUACUGGGCCGGGUACGCUGUUCUGGAGCUCGUUGGGUUCAUUCCUAUGUGCAUCCUGAAGGCGUUGUGGGCCGUCCUGCGUGCGGUGCUCUUCGCGGUCCACGAGGGCAGAGUCUGGUUCAACCCUCGUGCUGCUUAA